CACUGUCCGUCUCCGCACGGCGAGAAGCGCCUAACGCGUUUACUCAUUGCGACGCGGUUGCACCUGAUCUUGCUCGAAGUCAUACUUGCGGGACUCGUCUCCCAAUCCCAUCUUGGAUCUGGAGCUUGCAGGAGAAUCGCAACAUCAUCCUUCCCUCACCCACGCGUCACCCUCGUCCCUCACAUACCCAUCGCAGGCGACAUCACAGCUUUUGACGAGGAGUAGUGGGAACAGUUUAUCCUCUGUGCUUGACUCAUGCCAGACCCGCCUCUAGUGGUCCCGGUCAUCCUAACGAAUGGUGCUCUUCACUUUGCCGAGGUCGCGCCGGACGCGACGGCGCAGGAUGUCAUAGAUGUCCUGGUGGCGAACACGGAUGUGACCACGGAAGCGCUAGGGGAUGCUGAAGAUGAUGGAUGGGCGCUCCAGAUAGUGCGCGUGGAACAACCGGGAAGGACAUGGGAGGAGGAAGAAUUGGAGGCGUUAGGGGACGGACUUGUGGACCCAUCGAGCUCCGUGGCGCGGCAUGUCAACGCGCUCUCCAAGCAGUCCCCCAUGCGCCAGUUCUCCUCGUUUCCCCUGACACACCACUUGCACAAUCCUGUGCUUCGCCUCGUCUCCCUCAAUCCACACUUAAGCAUCACCGCGUCGUUCGCGCGCGUCCCAGAGAUACACGAUGGAUUUCAAUAUAAGCUAUUCAUCCACACAAGCACAGUCAUCAGUGAACUGAUCGACCAUGUCCUCGAGGAGCUUGGAUUGCCUCGGUCGCUACCAAUACCGGGCGCUGGAACCUUGGAGUAUGUACUGGAGGAAGUGUGGGUGGAUGGGGACACGGAGAAGUCAACGAGGCUACCUCCGUCCACGCUUGCGUACAGCAUCACUAGCGAACCCUUCUGCCCCAACCCCCUCACCCCACAAGCUACCCGUCAUUUGCGCUUCUGCGUCCCCGAUGAAUGGUAUCGAAGGUCCAAAUCACGCACAGCGUCUCAUGCUUCCUACGAGCCUUCUCAAGCGACCAUACGCCGCCUCGCCUCGCUACAGGAAUCAGAAGACGAGAACGAAGACCAAGAGGACGAGAGUGGCACCGCGAAGAUCAGCGUCGGAGCCAGCACCGCGAAAGGCAGCGGUGGAACCGACAACAAGGGCACGUCCUCUGCCAAUCGGCUGUCUACCAUCUUUGGUGGCUGGCUGGGCGAAUCGGCGGCGUCUACAUCGACAGCAGGAAACCGGAGCAGUGCAAUACAUAUCGGGUCACCGGAGAGACGCAAGAGCAUUGUCAGUGAACCGAAGCUUGUGGCACAUCUUACCGGAAGCACGCCUGUUACGAAGGAUGCACCGGAAUCCGCUACCGACGCGUCAGACGACUACAGUGAGAAGGAAUUCGACGCUAUGCUGGAUGACAUGGGGCUGAAGGGAGACAAGCGGACAGCUAUGAAGGACAUGCCCCUCGACCGGAAGAAAUACCUCUUGGCGCAGAACAGGCAAUUCAAAGCAGGCUCGCCAAAGAUACCUCAGAGCAGCUCACCCAAACGGACAUCAUAUGCGCAAUCCUAUAGUCCAGCUACUGGAGGCGCUCUCCUUCCACGUCUAGUCCCUCAGCUUACCGGUGACGCACUCAUGAAGCGAUUCUCGUUAUCCGGAUGGUCUACGCCCACCGCAGAUCCAGGUGCUGCUGAUGCUAAUAUAACGGAGGCACCAGCUGAAGAAGCGGCGCCGCUGCAGCCGCAAUCGACUGGGAGUCUAUGGAGUAGCUGGUGGACAUCUUCAGGUGGCGAGAAGACUGGCACCGUCAGUGACAAGAGUAAUUCGAAAGAGAAGACGCCAAAGUCCUAUGUCGACGGUCUCCGCUAUGCCCGCACGGCGGAUAAACAGCUAGUCAAGCUAUUAAUCUCGCUCCGCGUGCAUCUGUCGACGGCGAAACUAGUCUGGAUAGAGGAGUUUGUGGGCCAGGAGAAGGGAUUGGAGGUACUGGGUACACUGUUGUCGGGGCUUGUGAGCAAAGGGGGGAAGCGCAAGUCACUUACGGAAGUCGAGACUACCAAUCUACUCGAAGUUGUGAAGUGUCUGCGCGUGUUGCUGAAUACAGAGCCCGGGUUCUCAGGAGUCCUCGCCUCGCCAACGAUCAUCACCCACAUUGCAUACUCAUUGCACACAUCUUCACCCAAAUUACGGACACUGUCUGCAGAGCUGCUUGCUGCAAUAUGCGUCCUCUCCCUUGCCGAUGGACACAAAGCUGUCUUGGCUGCUCUGUCGGACUACAGAGUAGCCUUCGACGAGGCGUUCCGCUUCGAAGGUCUCAUCGCUUUGCUGCGCGUGGCAGAUAUGAACGACGACAAUGACAAUGUCUCUGAAGCGUCGUUUAGUGGCGAAGAAGAGGGUAUCUGGGAGGCUCGUACGGCGGCAAUGUCGCUCAUCAAUGCCAUCACGAAUUGCCCGGACUCACUUGAGGAGCGCAUCAUGCUACGCGACGAAUUCAGCAGGAGAGGGUUGAACGAAGUCAUUGUGGCCUUACGAUAUGUCAAACCUCCAGAUCGGCUGCUCACGCAACUCGACGUGUACACUGAAGAGAAAUUCGAGGAUGAAGAGGACAUGCGGGAUCGCGCGCGUUCAAUGAUUAAAUCAGGGCAAACGCCUGAUCGCGUACGCUCGGAUGGAGAGGUUGCGUUGGAGGAGAUUGUUCGUUUGGCUCAGCAGCAUGGGGAGCUAUACCCAAUUAUGGUGGAGAUCCUUAGUCACUACGGUCAGAUCCUGCAGAAGGACAUUGGGCUGCAACUCAAGUCCGACCUUUUGACCAUUUUGGACAAGUUCGUCGAGCAGGCGGCACUCUUGGACAACUUCGACGACUCAUGGCACGUCUUCAUGAAGCGCUUCGCCACGUCUGUGCAACAUAUCACCGGUCAAGAGCUCGAGGUCCGCGCGGCUUCUGAGAGCCCGAACGAGGUUGUGGAAGAGGAGCUUGAAGCCCUGCGCGCCAGGGUGGAAGAGCUGAACGACGAGCGGACUGAGCUGAAGGCGGAGAUCAACAACAAGAUCGCCGAAGUCAACACGCUCAAAUCGCUCCCUCUGAACAUCGGGGUGCCGCAAGGCAAAGUCGCUGGAAAGAGCGGGGAGAACUUCAACGGCAUUGUCCAGCGCCUGGUACAGAAAGAGAAGGAAGUUCUACAGCUCAAGAGCGAUCUUGAGAAGUACAAGGCACAAAGCCCUAGUGAAGGUCGCGAUGCAGACGAGCGCGCGAAGCGUGAGCGGGAUCGCCAGAAAUGGAAUGUCUUGAACGAUGAGAUUGCUCGGCUGAAAGUGAAGGGUACCGAGAUGGAGUCCACCAUAUCCAUCAAGGAGAAGGAGAUCGUCUACCUGAAGCGCGCCAUGGAAUCCGUGUACACUCGUUUCAUAUCCCGAGAGGAAUCCCGAGAGGAGUCGCGCGCGGCUGAGCUCGACGCGGAAGCUAUGGCAAACCGCACCAUUCAGAGUCUGCAGCAGAAGGACGAGCAGAUUACAACGAUGGUUAUGGAGGUUGAGGAGCUUCAGCGGACGGUCGAAGAGCUCAGGCGUCGCGAAGAGGUCUUCAGGAAGAGGGAGGAUGAACUCAAACGCCAAGUGGAAGAGCUUGCGUCAAGGCCGAAGACGGAACAGGAGUUCAAGCGCUCGGCACCACCACCGCCUCCACCACCAGCUACUCGCGGCAAGCGGGCAUCGCUACCUCCUUCACCGUUGUCGAGAAGAGAUAGCACGGACUCGCCGAGGUCGCCGCCGCCUCCGCCUCCACCACGGCCUGUGUCAAUCGCACCUACUUCGCCAACAUUGCAGAGCAAUGCGGCCUCUCCACCUCCACCUCCGCCUCCACCUCCGCCACCUCCUCCACCUGCGCCUUCUUCACCAGCUACUACUGCCCCUCCACCCCCUCCACCUCCGCCGCCUCCUCCACCUCCAGCACCACCAGCUUCCUCAUCUCCAGGUAUACCACCACCUCCUCCGCCCCCUCCACCACCUCCUUCGGGCCUCAACGGUGCUCCACCCCCGCCACCUCCACCCGGUCCUCCACCUCCACCCUCCGCCUUCCGCAUGAACCGCGCUGCCAAGCCCGCCGCCCCUCGCGUCAAGACUCGGCAAUUCUACUGGGACAAGCUUCCUGCGUUUGCCGUCUCGUCCACCGUCUGGGGAGAACUUGGAAGCAGCGGCAAUGGCGCCGCAGGCGUGGACCUUGACAUGGGUGAUCUAGUCGCGACGUUCGCGAUUGACAGCGCGGCGAGCGCUACUGCGAGUACGAUGCAGGUGACGAGUCCGACGAGAAAGCAGAGCGUGACGACGGUGUUGGAUAUCACGAGGGCGAACAAUAUUGCUAUCAUGCUCUCGCGCAUCAAGCUUGACCUGCCCGGUAUUCGAAGGGCGUUGCUUGGCAUGAGCGAUGUGCUAUCGGUGGACGACCUGAAGGCCAUCAGCAAACAACUUCCUACCGCUGAGGAAAUCAACCGCAUCAAAGAUUUUGGCGACACCUCCAAGCUCGCUAAAGCCGACCAAUACUUCAGCCAGAUCAUGUCUAUCCCGCGCCCCUCCUCCCGCCUUGACUGCAUGCUCUACCGCCGCAAACUCGACCUCGACAUCGAGGAGAUUCGGCCCGAGCUGAACAUCCUCCGCAACGCCUGUGCCGAGCUCCGUGGCUCAGCCAAGUUCAAGCACGUCCUGGGCGCCGUGCUUGCUAUUGGUAAUGCUCUCAACGGCUCCACGUUCCGCGGCGGUGCCCGAGGCUUCGCGCUCGAAGGCCUGGGAAAGCUCAAAGAGACGAAGACCGUCAAGGGCGGCGCCGAGUGCCCCACCCUCCUCCAUUACCUGGCGAAGGUUCUCCUCCGCAGCGACCCGAGCCUCGUGAACUUCAUCGAAGAGAUGCCGCACCUCGAGCCCGCGGCGCGCGUCUCGGUGCAGACCAUAAUGCAGUCGGUGAAUCAGCUGGUUAGUGGGCUGAACCAGGUGAGGGACGAGAUCGCGUUGGCGAAGGAAGAGAUGAAGAGGGGGGAGGUGAAUGCGGAGGAUAGGUUUGUUGCAGUGAUGCAGCCCUUCGUCGACAAGGUUGGCCCAAGCGUCGAGGCGCUCAAGAAUAUGGCACAGUUGUUGGAUGGGCAGCUGAAGGCGCUGAUGGCGUACUACGGCGAGCAGACGGAUUCGGCGGACGCAAAGAAGCCAGAGGACUUCUUCGGGAUGAUCUCGUCGUUCUCGACGUCGCUGCAGAAAUGCGGCCUCGAAGUACACGAUGCGCAGGUCAAGGCGGACGCGGCGAAGCCCAAGGUCGCCAUCGAGGAGCCCGCAUCGGAACCUACUAUCAAGGCCGACAAGAACGCCCAGCACGCAGACGGGAAGAACGGCCCGGGCAUGCUUUCGCCGCCAAUGCUCUCCCCACCCGGCUCGCAGGGCUACGCUGCAGGCAAGUCUGUCGGUCGCGGCGACCUCGACCAGGCCAUCCGCAGUAUGCGCGAAGGCAAGCGUAGAGCAAGGCCUGCAAGACCGCUUAGCAAGAUCUUCCUGGACGGCGCGCCGCCGGGGAGGCCGACGAGCCGAAUGUUUGACUAGAAGGUGGAAUUCGUGAACUGCUGCAAAUAAGUAGUAUUUGUGGUGCCCUGUUAUAACUGAUAUAUAGCUGAUGAUAUACUGACGAUUUACUAACCCUUGUACACGGACUAUGUUUGCAUACUUACAUUGUACUCUCUGUACGGUUUACGACCUGUGAUGACCUACCAACCACCGAUAUCUACAACAGAUCUGUACUGGCUAUGCAUUUCUACAUCGAUUUGCCCCGAC